AAUUCAUUCAACCCACAUACCCGACCCUAAUAACCCAAAGAAUAUGUGGUUCUUUACGUACUAAUGAAAUUACGCAAACCACUCAUACCAGACUAAUUGACAAGAAAAGGACCGGCCCUUGCCUCCCCACCAACAUCACACUUCAUUAAUACUAUAAGUUUUUCACAAGUUAAAACAUAUUUAUUCUUUCUCAUUGCUUCGUAUGUAGGGUUCACAUACAUAUAUGAGUAUUUGUUCUGGAUUUAAGUUUUAUAUAUAUUGAUUUUUAUACUUGUAUUUAAGCCUAUUCUGCCAUGCUAGUUUUUCUCAAAUUACAAAUCACACUUUUUAUGGAUCGUUGCAUAUAGUCAUCUUUUAAUGUGACGAAAUAGUAUAUAGAAGUUAAAAAAUGCGAAAAAGUAUUGAUUUGUUACCUUUACUAUCAAGUGAUGCCAAACGUGCAUACUAAUAGCAACAAACUACUAAAGAAAUUGAAGAGAAUAGAGUUGACUUGAUAAAAGAAGCAUGUGCUACAAUAUGACUUAUCAAGAAACAUACUAUUAAAUUAAAACAUUGGCAUUACGACACGAAACAAUACUCAUUUUUCUCAUUCUCAACUCCUAUAUAAAGGGGAUUGUUCUUAAGGAAAUCCCAUAACUCUAAACACAAUUCCAGUUUUUCAACAACAUAUUCACAUUUCAAAUAUUCAAAAGGAAAAUGGCUCGUUCAUUUGCCCACAUUAAUAAUGUUGUGGGACUAAUUGUGGUUUUCUUGGUAGUCGUUGUGGCAAUAGCAGAAGCUACUUCACCUGGCAUAGACAACCAUCCAAGCCAUUCUCAUUGCUCUGAUGAUGAGAUUAAACAAUGCAAAAAUCUUCCACAUGUUUGUCCCAAAUUCUGUCCUAAUGGCUGCAUAACCGAGUGUCGUUCUUGUAAGCCUAUUUGCAUUGAUGGACCAUCACCUCCACCUCCCUAUCACCUUCAUCCAUCAAAAUCCCCAAAGAAGGUUAAGUGCAAGAGCAAGGACAAGAAACAUCGCAAAUGCUACAAUCAAGAACAUACAUGCCCUAGCUCUUGCCCUGGUACUUGUCAAGUUGAUUGUGUCUCUUGCAAACCUGUUUGCAGUUGUGACAAGCCAGGAGCAGUUUGUCAAGAUCCACGUUUCAUUGGUGCGGAUGGCAUUACCUUCUACUUCCACGGCAAGAAGGACAAAGAUUUUUGCUUGGUCUCAGACUCUAACCUUCACAUCAAUGGUCACUUCAUAGGAAAACGAAACGAGAACAUGAAGAGAGACUUCACUUGGGUUCAAGCUAUCGGUAUCCUAUAUGGUAAUCACAAGAUCUCCAUUGGAGCACAAAAGACAGCUACAUGGGAUGAUGCCAUUGAUCGUCUUUCCCUAAAUUUUGAUGGAGAAUCUAUCCUUCUCCCCGACAAUGAAGGCGCAAGGUGUCAGUCUGAAACUGGACCAACGACCUCCAUUACUCGAACAAGUGACACCAACGAAAUUAUAAUCGAAGUUGAAAACAUUUUCAAGAUUACAGCAAAGGUGGUGCCUAUUACAGAGGAAGAAUCGCAAAUUCAUAACUAUGGCAUAACACAAGACGAUUGUUUUGCUCAUCUUGAACUUGGAUUCAAAUUUUUCGCGCUAAGUGAUGAAGUGAGUGGUGUUCUGGGCCAAACUUAUAGAAGGAGUUAUGUGAGUAGAGUGAAAAUGGGUGUUUUGAUGCCUGUAAUGGGAGGUGACAAAGAGUUUUCAGCUUCAGGACUCUUUAAUGUUGAUUGCUCUGUAACUAAGUUUCAAGCAGUAAAUGAGAUCAAUGAGGGUUUGUUGAAUAAUUUGGAGCUGCCCAACUUGAAAUGUAGCAGUGGAAUUUCUGGACGGGGAGUCGUUUGCAAGCGCUAAAAUUUCUUUAUUAAACAUUAA